AAAAUCCACGCUGAGAACCAUUCCGAAAUCGAUAAAUGAUUUAACAAAUGCCUGUGCCGUGGGACGGUUUACAAAAUAAAUAAUUCAAUAAUUAAGUCACAAUCAACGGACACACGUAUUUACUUAUGUACCUGAAUAGGUGAAGUAACCGUCCGGGACAAAUUAUUAUUCGUUUAAAAUCCUGGUAGCGAAUAAGGUGGAUUCAAAUUGACCUCUGCAGAUGUAGACCAGUCCGAGUGCUAGUGUUGGGUCAAAUGUAUAGCUCUAGCUUGAAGCUAUUUUAACUUGACAUUAGUAUAGCAUGACCAAGUGGAAAUACCAUUGUACAAAGGGGAAUUGGGAUGUAACGCAUGCCACAGUUUCGCUACAAUUUGCCCACCGGUGAUAGGUAAAUAGAUUUCUACGAUUAGUGAUGUGAUACAUUUUAUACAAUUACUCGAAACAACGCACUAUCUAUACCGGUUCACGAGCGGUCGUGUUGACAGUAUUUCUACAGAUUUGCUGUUGAGAGAUAGAUAUAUCGAACCGCCCGUGCCAGCACUCAGUAUUAUAAAAGCAGACGACAACAAUGCCCAGUGCUACGAGCAGACGACACAUGGCAUGUGCAUAACGGUCUAGCGAUGAAACUUAGAACCCGCCGCUUUGUAGUAGGAACUCUGCUGGUUCAUACCGGGAUCUUCUGUUUAAUGAUGCAACAUGUGUUAGAUUAUGACGACAUUCGCGAAUCGAAAUCAGCUCUUGGACGAUAUCAGUUUAACAGAGACCGGACUUUAGAUUAUAAAACCCCAGAGAAGCAGACGACACCAUUUGUGAAGAAAAUGAUUCCGAUAUUUCAAUUAGUUAAUACUUCUGCUAAUAUUAACAACAACAGAAGUGCGAUUAACAACAACAGAAGUGGGAAGCAAUCUGUGGUUGCGGAUGCUCCAAAUCAAAACAACUGUGAGCGAAGACCUCCGCAAUCUAUGGUCCAGCGAAAUAUCAUUUCUGGCGAUUUUCAAAACAUUAGUCAUACUCCUAGAGGCUAUAUUAUAUCGGCUUUCUGUGAUAACACUGACAAUAUAACAGGAACUGUGCAUGUUAUUUCUAUGAAAGAAACUAGUUUUGGAAAAUCAGCUUCCUGUGUUUUCUGGAGUUCCGAUCCAAAAGAUGUACAGGCGAUUUCAACAUCACGUGCGGUAUCCUUGCGGAUCAACGAACACCAUGGGAAAAGAUACGCUGCUGCCUAUUUCACGUGCAAUGUGCCUUACAAUAUGAAGCCGGUCGGGGUUUCACUGGUAACACAUCGUUGUGAGAACCCAUCCAACUUCAUGCUAAUUCAGUACCCGGAGAAACAGAGAUGGCAGUUCACGGUGUGUGUCACGCCCCUCAACUUCCGGUACAGUAAGGCCUACGAACUGGUCGAGAUGAUCGAGAUGAACCGGAUUUUAGGAGCCGACCAUUUUGUGUUUUAUAAUUACAGUACACACGUCAAUGUAGACAAAGUUUUGCAGUAUUAUAUUGAUAAAGACUUAGUGGAAGUUGUUCAAUGGCAUCUUCCCAUGAAGGUCGAUGUUUGGCCCAAGAUAAAAGGGCAUACGACAGAAAUCCAUUAUUUUGGUCAACUCGGUGCUUUAAAUGAUUGUCUAUAUAGGAAUAGAUAUCGAAGUAAUUUUUUAGUUUAUCAAGAUUUGGAUGAAUUUAUAUUUCCCUACAAGCAUCAGAAUUGGAAUGAAAUGAUUGAAUCGUUACCACGUCGUGGUGUGUAUAUGUUUAGAAACACAUUCUUUCGCAAAGACUGGAACGACACUGAGGAAUUGUUCGACGGGAAAGAUCUCGCUAAGAAGUAUAAAUCUACUAUACUUUUAAAAACUUGGAGAGAAGCAAAGAUAUUCGGCCUAAGACAGCGCUCAAAAUACAUUAUCAACCCUAGGAAAGUUGACACGGUCGGAAUACACAAUGUUUGGAAGGAAAGGUCGGCGUCUAGUUUAAUUAACGUACCUCGAGAUGUAGCUUUGAUGCAUCAUUAUAGAGAUUGGGAAAACCCUCACGAUAAAACUAAACGUGAUGAGGAUCAAACAGCCCUUAAAUACAAGGAUAAAUUACUGGGGAAGCUGAAGACAGUUUGGUCAGUCCUGAAGGACGUUGAGCUGGGCCCUUUAGGGUUCUGAAUAAUCCAUGAUAACGUUAGAGAAUGUUGUUGUUGUUUACAGAAUGUUAACGUCUAUUUUUGUAUGAAUUGUUGAAUUGCUGUAUUUUUUAUGUAAUACAAAUUGAAUUGUGUUUACACAUUUCUCAAUUGGAUGAAUUCGUGGUGAUUUUAGAAGUGAAAUAUUAGUAUUUCUUUAAAAGGACUUGAUAUAAGUUGUAAAACUUGUGCCCAAUUCCAUUGCUAUGUAAAAAAGGCAAUAAAAUAUGUUUAAAACAAAAACAAUAACAUUUCUUUAAAACUACAAUCCUAAUACCAGUGUUUCCUCUUCCGUUAUGUUGGGGUUCUAUUUCCAAAUUUUUUCUAAUGCAACCAAUUGGGACGUUAAACUCCAUUAAAGAAAAAAAAACACUUCAAUUUGAGAUAGAAAUACCCAUUUUUUAACGUUUAUGAUGGUAUAAAACACACUUCAGUUUUAACAUAUUUACACAUAUGUUUCAAAGGAAAUCAAUACCGUCAUAAAUUUUGUAGAGGUAGUUUACAGUUCUUAAACUUGAGUUCAAAAUAAUAAAGACGGUUAGAGGUUGUCAACCAAAUUGACUUAAUGGGUUGCAUACUAUACACUGGUAAAUUCCGAUUGAAGCUCCCUGGUACGUCUAUAUACUGCUUAUUUAACACACCACUUCAAAGGUUCCACGGGUUUUACUGCUUGUAAAGAGCAAUAUAUGUUUUUAUUCACGAAUCCGGGCUAAGUUAUCACCGCUCAAACAAGCUUUUAUACCAACUAUUGUGUCGUAACUCGCCCGGCUCAUAAGACGUGAUAGUGAUAAAAAAAGCACGUACAAAUGGGUGUGCAAUGGUUUUCAGUAUAGUGCCAUAUCUGUAUAGAAUAGGUUACUCCAAGUCCCAACGAAAUACAAUGCAUACAAUCAAUAGAUAAAAUCAGUGCAUGUUUCAAUUUCUAGUCAAGUUUGACUCGAUGCAAUUACCAGAUGUUUCAUUUGCCCAUGAAGUUAGCCAGGUUAACAUGGCCUGUGAGUAUGAAACGCGUCAGAAAAUUCUAUAUUAAAACUUAAGAAUUUAUCAACGAAAUUUAAAUAUAACAUUUAAAAUAUGUGUUUGUGGUUUGAAUCUUCCAUCAUAAUUUGACUGUAUUCAACUAUCAGCGUACACCGGCAUGUUGUAUGAUGGUCCUUCAAUGACGUAAUUGUUUCUUACAAAACGUCAAUACAUAGACUUGCACAAGCUCCAUUAUCUUGGACAAACUACCAGAAUGGACUAAACACAUGUUGAUUGAAACAUAAGGUUUGAAUAUAGCUUUGGUGGAUUUCAUGGGGUGAUGAAUUGAGUUGGUCUUGAAACAAAUUCAACAUGAACUGGCAGUUCAUUAGAUUUGUUUCAAGACCAGCUCAAUUAAUCACCCCAUGAAAUCGACCAAAGCGAGAUUCAAUCCUUCAAUGACACAGAAGCUGCCUUACCGGGCGCUAAGCACUAAUCUUAUGUCAUUUGGCUAACAUAGUUAGCAUGGGAAAUGGUACCGAGCUACAAAUCUAGGCUAAUUAUAGAUACCUAGUACCACAGAUAGUGGGAUUAACACGAGAUGUACAAAGUGUUCUUUCCAUCUGAGCUAGGAAUUAAGCUUGCACACGGAAUAUUGACUUUGAACAUUAAAAAAGUAUCAAAUUUAUUGAAAAACUAUACCAAGGUUGUUUAAUGUUAACAUGAUUAUGGAUCAAUGGAAUAAAAAGUGUAACUAUUUGGGAAUUUUGGGUUCUACGACAUGAAAUAAUUCUAAAUCAAAACUCCUAGUUACCAAAGUUUUGACAUUCUUGGCAAAUCGUAUGGUGUGUUUGGUACUGUGUUACAUGUGUUAUGAUGAAUGAGUUUGAAAGUUUUUUUUAUUUAAAAGUAUUUCUAGUUCUCCGUUAUGGUCGAAUGUGUUUACUCCUACGAUUUUGUUGUUUUAAUAUUGUAUAUUUUAACUUAAAUUACAAUGUGCUUCGAAAUGCCAGGGACAUCACAUUGCAACCUGCCUAAUCUGGCAACCUGUGAGACGCAAUUUGUUGGUCAGAUUACCUUGUCUAAUCCGACACCCUGUGAGACACGACUUAUUUCUAAUCGGACACCAUGUGAGACACGGCUUAUUGGUCAGAUUACCCGGUCUAACCUGGCACCCUGUGAGACAAAACUUAUUGGUCAGAUAACCCUGUCUAACCUGACACCCUGUGGGACACAACUUAUUGGUCAGAUUACCCUGUCUAACUUGACACCCUGUGAGACACAACUUAUUGGUCAGAUUACCCUGUCUAACCUGACACCCUGUGGGACACAACUUAUUGGUCAGAUUACCCUGUCUAACCUGCCACCCUGUGGGACACGGCUUAUUGGUCAGAUUACCCUGUCUAACCCGACACCCUGUGGGACACAACUUAUUGGUCAGAUUACCCAGUCUAACCUGACAACCUGUGAGACACGACUUAUUGGUCAGAUUACCCUGUCUAACCUGACACCCUGUGGGACACGGUUUAUUGGUCAGAUUACCCAGUCUAACCUGACACCCUGUGAGACACAACUUAUUUUCAGAUUACCCUGUCUAACCUGACACCCUGUGAGACACGGCUUAUUGGUCAGAUUACCCUGUCUAACCUGACACCCUGUGGGACACGGUUUAUUGGUCAGAUUACCCAGUCUAACCUGACACCCUGUCGGACACGGCUUAUUGGUCAGAUUACCCAGUCUAACCCGACACCCUGUGGGUCACGGCUUAUUGGUCAGAUUACCCAGUCUAACCUGACACCCUGUCGGACACGGCUUAUUGGUCAGAUUACCCAGUCUAACCUGACACACUGUGGGACACAACUUAUUGGUCAGAUUACCCUGUCUAACCCGACACCCUGUGGGACACAACUUAUUUCUUAUCUGACACUCUGUGAGACAUAGCGUAUUGGUCAGAUAAGACAAGGUAUAGGUAUAUACAGUUCUGAUUGGUAGUUUACUUAAGAAAAUUAAGAAUAUCAUGACAUUGAAUUAGACAGGACUUCUGAAUACCUAGGGGUCAGAUUAGACGGUGAACAGAAGACAGAUGAAGCAUGACUAGAGAUUUCUACUGGGUUUUAUUAAAACAAAAAAUUAAGUAUUGCAUCUAAGGAAUUAUCACUUACAUGACGUUUAGUUAGAAAACGAAUUACUAUGGUAAUAAAGCUUAUGGCAGUUCGUGAUUUGAUUUUCUUUCCUGUGAACUAAAUACACAAAAAUAGCGAGUACGCAGCUCUAAAGAUUUUCCUUAAUUAUUUAGAGGCACGGUUCUCUAGUGGUAGGACGCCCGGCUCGGGACCGAAGGGUUGCGGGUUCGAGUCACGGCACGGCACUGUGUUGUAUCU